UGAUAUUCCAAGCGUGUCCCGCAAGGUUGUUUCUUCAUAGGAAAACUAAAGACAAGAGUGUAUAAAACGGCCCGCUGUCAGACGUUUAGUACCACACACAUUUCUUGACUUCAUUUGUUCGCUUGUCAAAUAAUCUCCACAAUCAAAAUGUUCAAACUUUUCAUCUUCGCCUGCUUCCUCGCUGUCGCCGCCGCCAAGCCCGGUGUCUUACCGUUGGCAUACACCGCUCCCUUCGCUGCAGCGUACACAGCCCCCGUGGCGGCAGCGUACACAGCUCCAGUAGCUGCAGCGUACACUGCUCCAGUGGCCUACUCUGCCUACUCGGCUUACACCGCUCCAGUGGCCGCUUACUCCGCCUACACUUACGCGUCUCCUUACUCCGCCUACUACCUUCGCCGUUGAUUUUACCAGAAUGAUAAUUAUUGUAUUAAGUGAACUAAUGAAUAAAUAAUUUCAAACAAA